AGUUAUUGGAAAAGUGCCUGGUGGACAGUUUUUCAUCCUUCAUAUUUUCUUCAUCAGCAUCAACGUCUGUAUCAACAUGCGCGUCCUUGUAAUUGGUGGAAGUGGCCGAUGCGGCAAACUGGUCAUCAAUGAACUGCUCAGUCGAGGCCACCAAGUCACCACGCUGGCUCGUAAGCCGGAUGCCCUAGGUGGAGCACGUGCCGGUCUCACAGUUGUGCCAGGAACCCCCACGAAGCUCGACGACGUCCGGCGUGUCUUCCAAGCCGAUAUUCCCACCGUGGUGAUCGUGACCUUAAAUGCCCCCCGAGCCAGCGACAGUCCCUUUGCGGCCCCGAUUUCCCCGCCCCGACUCAUGGCCGACUGCAACGCCAACGUGGUGGCAGCGAUGAAGGAGUUCGGGGUGCGCAAGACAGUCAUCCUGCAGGCAUUCGGAGUCGGAGACUCAUGGGUCAACCUGCACUGCGUGUUGCGACUGCUGAUGAAGAAAUCCAACAUGUCGUACCAGUAUGAUGAUCAUAACGAGACGGAGCGGGAGGUACGGGCCAGCGGGGUGGACUAUGUGAUGGUGCGACCGUCCCGGCUGGUGGAGAGCGAGGAUACCACCCUGCCGAUCAAGGUGUGGCCGGAUCAUGGCAAGGGAGUGCCCAUGAUGGCUAGUACGAGUCGUAUCAGUGUGGCGCGGUGGUUGGUGGACGCGGCGGAGGGGACGGAGUGGGAUAAUUCGACUCCUGUCAUUACCAACUGACCGGGGAAGCAGCAGGAGGAGAAGGAUGAGUAUGAGGCAGAAAGGCAGUGGAUAACAAGGAAUCUAU